CUUCUGCCUGAAGUUUUGUGAGGUAUUGGGUUGCUUUACGGGGGGUAAAGGCUGUUCCAAUUUUGUCUGGAACUGCCCUACUUUAGACUUUUUGUGGUAAUCUCUACAAAGAAUCCCAAAGGGAGACAGCGUAACCAAACUGGCAAAUCAGGCUAUCAAGACAACUGUGAUUCGAUUGAAAAAGAAACGGAGAUUCUGUUCAUCUGACUGGAGGACAAUGUAUCAAAAAAUAUGCAAGAAUCACAGGAAUCCCACUUAACCAACCACCUAGAUGAAGUUGUUGCUGCUGUCAGCAUCACUCCUAAAGCGAAGAUCCAAAACAAGCUGCCGCAGACAGUGCUGUUCCAGCCACCACGAGAGAAACUCCACCUCUGUGAAGAGAAAGCAAAGUCCUUUUCCAGCAGUCACAAUUAUAAACAGGCUGUCAAGGAGCUUGUGCGUUAUGUAGCAUUGGCAAGAAUUUGUUAUGGCAACUCGCAUUGGAAAAUAGCAGAGGCACAUGUCAAUCUGGCUCAAGGGUACCUCCAGAUGAAAGGAUAUGCACUGCAAGCAAAACAACACGCAGAAAAAGCCAAAGAAAUCCUCACCGACUCCAUUGUGCCUCCCUUUACUGACAAUUCAGAUGUUUUCAAGUGUUCCAUAGAACUGUUCUAUACCCUGGGGAAAGCCCUACUCUCCCUUCAAAAAUUUAAAGAAGCUACAGAGAAUUUGAGAAAAGCAGAGAGACUUUCAAAGGAGCUGCUACAAUGUGGAAGGAUUGUACAGGAAGAGUGGAUAGAAAUCCAAGCACGGAUCAAAUUGUCAUUUGCACAGAUGCAUCAAUCUCAGAAGAAAUCUAAAGAAGCUUUGCCCUACUAUAAAGAGGCUUUGGAAUAUACUGAGAUCAGCAAAGGUGAACAAAGUCAUGAGUAUGUAUCAGUCUUGAGGGAAUUAGCUGCUGUAGAGCAAGCCCUGGGACUGCACGAUGUGGCCAUCAAUCAUUUCUUACAGGCCCAUGCCAUCAUCCUGAGUAGAAACCCCUCUCAAGAGGAGGCAGCCGACUCCUCACAUUUUGUUGCCCGUGCUGCUGUCGCUUCUGGGAGGCCUGAGCACCAUGAUAUGGCUGAGCAGUAUUUUCAAGACAGUAUGACUCAUCUUAAAGAUUCUGAAGGGAAGGAAAGAGCCAAAUUUCUUUCAAUUCAAGAUGAAUUUUGCCAUUUUCUACAAAUCAUUGGACAAAAAGAGCGAGCAACCUUGAUCCUGAGAGAGUCCCUGGAAGCCAAAGUGGGAGCAUUUGGCGAUUUCAGCCCAGAGGUGGCAGAGACAUACCGGCUCCUGGGUGGGGAGGACCUGGUGCAGGGGAACUACAGCGGAGCUCACAAGAAACUGAAGAAGUGUCUUCAGAUUCAGAUGAUCUUAUAUGGACCGCAAGACAAGAGGACCCAGGCCACCCAGCAGUCUGUGGACACCCUGUCCAAGACCCCCGAGGUUGCCGGAAAGGCAAGGAAGUCUCCAAAAGCCAUAGUGGCAUUCUGCACCACUGUCCCUCAGCACUCUGCACUGGGAAAGGCCAGGACCAACCUGGCAGACUGAGACCCCUCACCCUUACUCCAGCGAAAGCCUUGGGCCGUCCUGGGCACUGCCAUUGAGAAGCUGUACAAACCUGUUCAACUAGAAGAUGGAACUUACCCAUGCACAGAUUCCCAAGGCCAACCGUUUGCUCCAACAUGCAACAGUAAUACCAAAACCUCUUUGGGCCACAUUUUGACAGUGGAUGCUCUGAAUUCAGGCUGGUCUGGCACUUGUGUAUUCUUUCUUUUUGUCACCACUUGUGGUUUUUCUUGCCAAAAAAAAUUUGCCCAUCAGCACUACUGUGGCCAAAAGAUUUCUCUGCAGAAGUUCAGAACUUCCUUGUACAUGUAGCCCCUUGCACAGAUCUGGAGUCAGAUUCAGAACAAAAGAUUCUAGAAAAGGCCCUUUCUUACAGGAAGGUAAUAGGGGUUGAGAAUAAAAUGUUAAUAAAGGGAAACACAAAAGUA